AUGUUCAAAUAUUUGUUGGCAACUCUUUUUCUCGCUGGAAUUUUGGCUGAAUCGAAUUCUACAACAUCAGAUGGAAAUGUUGAGAAACCAACAGUUGCUGCUGAAAUUGUGCAAUCCGUCAACAUCACAAAAACUACGGUAGCACCAACAACUAUUGUAAGUUUAAAAAAUUAAUUUCAGAUCAACAAAUUAAAUGUAACAUUAAUAUUUCAAGGUUCGAAAGAUUGUUCCGGAAAAGAAAGAAACUUUGACUGACAAAAUUCAAAAAUCAUUCACAGCCAUCAAAACUGUUUUCACUAAACUUGGAAGUUUUAUCACAAAUUUGUUCAGCGAGAAAAAAAGCAUGACUUCUACGACUCCAACGAUUUUGACUUCGACCACUCCAAAAAUUCUCAAGAUCCAGCAGAAAGUUGUUCAAACAACUACCACAGUUUCAGUCCCACCAACAAUAUCUACUACUGUUGCACCAUCCACGACACCUAAAGAAAAACCAACAACAACUUUGAAAGCAUAA